ACCAAACUAUAAAUGAUAACAAUAAAAUAGAAAUAUUUGAUAUAAACUUAAAAAAACCCAAAAACCACCAAUAGAAGCAAAUUUUCGGUUCAACCAUGGCUAAACCUAACCAAAUUUUCGGUUUCACCAUGGCCAAACCGAAAUAAAGCUUCGGUGCCACCGUGGACCAACCAAAAAAAAAUUUCGUUUCACCCAUGGCACAAACGUAGCAGAUUUUCGGUUCAUCCAUGGCUCAACCGAAUGUGAUUUUUGAUUGGUCCAUGGUUCAACCGAAACCAAAUUUCGGUUGGACCAUGGACCAACCGAAAAUCACAUUCGGUUGGGUUUUUUUUUUUUUUUAAAAAAACGAGAUUUUUACCUCGUCGGAGUCGCUACUCAUUGUUCGGACGUAUGCUCGACGAUUUCGGCUUCCAAAUGUCGAUGAUGAAUUCGAGAGUGUGGGAGAAUGAGUGUUUUUUGUUUUCUAAGUGAAUGUGGUGUUUGUUUGCUAAAGGAAAGGUAAAGAUGUCAAAAGGUUAAAAGUGUAACUUUGUUGUUUUUUAGGACGAUCAUUAGUAAUUGUUAGGACGACCUUUAUCAAUUCCCUUUAAUAACACUACUAGAAAUUUCAAACUUCAACGAGAUUAUCAUGUGUUUCAUUCUUUCAGAUAAGACGAUUAUGUACUGAUAAAUCUGUUUAGUUGAAAUUAAUCGUCAGUAGUCAAUGAUCAACGCAUUAUUUAAAAAGUUUAUCAGCCACGCCAUUGAAAAUGUAACAAAAGAAUAAAAAAUCCAAAUCCUCCUCCCCUGCCUCCCUCAGCAAGAUUGAACCUAAAAAAGCCCUAACCCGAAAACAAAUCAAAUCCCCCCCUCCCUCUCCGCGGCAUUCCCUCUCUCCCAACGGACACUGCCACCGCGACGGCGAAUUCCCAGCGCAAAGAAUCAACAGAGCGGACAAGAUCGUCCCAAAAUCCCUAGCAAUGGCAGAUUCCAAAGUUCAAGAAAUUUUGGAGAAGCAAGUACUGUCAGUAGUCAAGGCCGUGGAGGACCAGCUCGACGAUGAGAUCGCGGCGCUCGAUAAGCUUGACGAAGACGAUCUGGAGGUGCUGAGGGAGAGGAGGUUGCAGCAGAUGAAGAAAAUGGCCGAGAAGCGUAGGCGCUGGAUCUCUCUAGGUCAUGGUGAGUACACCGAGAUCCACGCCGAGAAGGAAUUCUUCUCCGUCGUCAAAGCCAGCGAUCGCGUUGUUUGCCAUUUCUAUCGCGAGAAUUGGCCUUGCAAGGUAAUGGACAAGCAUCUCGGUGAGCUUGCGAAGCAGCACAUAGAGACACGAUUUGUGAAGAUUCAGGCAGAGAAAAGCCCCUUCUUGGCUGAUAAACUCAAGAUUGUUGUUCUUCCUACCCUUGCCCUCAUAAAGAAAGCCAAAGUUGAUGAUUACGUGGUUGGUUUUGAUCAGCUGGGUGGAACUGAUGAUUUUACCACGGAUGUUUUGGAGGAGAGGCUGGCUAAAGCUCAAGUCAUCUUCUACGAAGGCGAAUCUUCAAUGCCGAAGUCUACAAAUCAAACAAAGAGGAGCGUUAGACAGAGUGAGACGCAUGACUCAUCAGACUCGGAAUGAGAGAGAACCCCCUUUUCUGGGUCUCCUCUGGAAUUUGGUAUGCCAGUGAUGGUGAUAUCGAGUCCAACUUGUAGGAGAGUUAAGAGUUGUGUCGUUAUGUGUUCUUACACUUUUGUUUUUCUAAUAUGUUUUGGUGGGUACUGUCAAUUCUCAACGACUAAUGGUCUAGUGGCUGAGGAAUUGUACAGAGGGGUUCAAAUCGAGUUGGUCUCUUAUGUUGUGCCUUGUGCGUUAUUAUGUUUAAAGAUGGAAGCUUGAGUUGCUAUAUGUGUUUCAAUUUUGAUAGAAAGGAGAUGGGUUUUGGAUAGAUGUCCCAAUAGGAGAAGCCAUUGAAACGUGAAGGAACACUGAUCUGGUCUCUCAGAUGCCCGCUUACGGUCGAGUUUCUUUCCCUCUCAAAACCAUCCCUUUGCUCUGGCAGGGAUGGAAAUUGUUACGUAUGCAUGCUCGGGGUGGCAAUACUACUGUGGUUUUGCUGUUAAACGGCCAAUCGCACUGAAAUCAUGUGUUUUUGUGGUUAAUCGCAAAUCGAAUAAGAAGGCCCUUAUCUGGUUGCGGUUAGUAAUAUUGAUUGUUUUGAGUUUAUUGGUUUAACUGCAAUCAGUAAGAACUAAUCGUGUGGUUUGUGAUUAACCUGGGGCUGGAAUAAGAACUUCGGAGGUCCUUCUGGCAUGUACAAGGUUGUCAACCCGCGGGUCGACCUGCGGUUUGACCCACUUUUGAUGAGGCCAAAAGUAGCUCUCGUGAUCAGAGUUAGCGGAUUAAGCCCUUGCUUCAAUAAGAAGACUCGAACAAGAAGAACUUUGGUCUGAAUUAGAUGGAAAUCUCGUGCAACCAUCACGCGGGAAGGAGGCUUGAAGAUUAUCGUCGAGGCUUGGCCACGAUCAGGAUGGCAGCUGAUCGAUACAAACAAUCCAAACAACCCAGAACACGCUCUAGGAAGUUCUCAAACUCAAGCUCAAAACCGGCUAGGGUUUGUACUUUAAUUGCAACUCGAAAACUGGGUUUUUACAAUGAAAGAACAAGCUUAAA